GCAACGGAUUGUGCACGGGAUCCGUAUUAUGUAAGUCUAUGGGUGGACCUUCAUGUGGAGUGGGGGACGUUUAAAUUGUCAAUAUUCACCCGGAAUGUCUGAAAGGACAGUUAUGGCACAAGCACUGUACUUUACCUUUGUUUUGUCGUGUUUGAUAUGUGGAUCAUAUGGUCUCGUUUCAUCUGGCAAUGGCACAACUACAGUGAGGUAUGUGGAUUAUAAUACAACUACAGCUGUUACUCCGACUGAGAGACGAGAUUCUACAACUAAACUAAAUACAACCCAGAGCAAUAAAAGCACCAACGCACCAGCGGUAAAGUUGACAUCUACAACGACUUCUAAGGUACUGACAACUACUACUAGACCACCGAAAACGACCACCACCGCUAACUAUAGUUUCAACACAGAAGACUUAAAUGAGGGUAUAGACAAGAAAGUGGAAAAAAGAGUAUGGAACAAAGAACCUGAGGAUGAACCACUCGAAUUUGCCAAGUGGUCCACCAGGAGGGUAAAGGCAGUAAAGAAGCCUAAACAGAUAUGGAAGAAGGUCAAGAAAGUCAAAGUCCUACCUAAGAAGCGCAAGCCCAAGGUUGUUAAAAAAAGCAAACCCAAAAUCAUUGGGCGCCCUUCGCUGCCAGAGUGCCCUCCGCUGGGGCUGGAGUCUCUGAGGGUGAAGGACACACAGCUGCGGGCCUCGUCCUACAAGCGCCGGGGACUUGGACCUCACCGCGGUCGACUCAACAUCCAGUCUGGUAUUGAGGACGGGGACAUCUAUGACGGGGCGUGGUGCGCCCAGUAUGAGGAUAAGAAACAGUGGCUGGAGGUGGAUGCCCGGCGACCCACGCGCUUCACCGGGGUCAUCCUGCAGGGACGCAGCUCAAUCUGGAGUUGGGACUUCAUACUCACCUACAAGGUCCAGUUCAGUAAUGACACCCUGGUCUGGCAGCCAGCUAUGAAUGGGACUAAAGAGGCAGUAUUUGAGGGGAACCAGGAUACUGAAACUCCAGUGUUGGCUCUAUUUAACGAGUCGGCAACAGUGGCGCGCUACAUCCGCAUCAAUCCACAGAGCUGGUACGAGAACGGAACUAUCUGUCUGAGAGCUGAGGUUCUGGGCUGUACCCUACCAGAUCCUAACAAUAUCUACGCUUGGCAGCAGACAGAGCAAGGCACCCAAGACAAGCUGGACUUCAGACACCACAACUACAAGGAGAUGAGGAAACUCAUGAAAUCAGUGACCGAGGCCUGCCCUGACAUCACACAUAUCUACAGCAUCGGGAAGAGUCACAUGGGUCUCAAGAUGUACGUCAUGGAGAUCUCCGACCACCCUGGAAAGCAUGAGCUGGGCGAGCCAGAGUUCCGCUAUGUGGCUGGCAUGCAUGGGAAUGAAGCCCUGGGUCGGGAGCUGCUGCUCAACCUGAUGCAGUAUAUCUGUCAGGAGUACAAACUGGGAAACCAGCGCAUCGUCCGGCUGGUCAAGGAGACACGCAUCCACUUGCUGCCAUCCAUGAACCCCGAUGGUUAUGAAAUGGCCUUCAAGAAGGGUUCCGAGUUGGCAGGGUGGGCGCUCGGUCGCUAUAGCUACCAGGGCAUCGACAUGAACCACAACUUUGCUGACCUGAAUAAAGUCAUGUGGGAUGCUAUUGAAUUUGACUUCCAAAAUAACGAUAAGUCCAAACUCAUCAACCACUACAUCCCCAUACCAGAGUACUAUACCUCAGAGGAUGCCUUUGUGGCCUUAGAGACGCGUGCUGUCAUUAACUGGAUGCAGAACAUCCCGUUCGUAUUAAGUGCCAACCUCCACGGGGGUGAACUGGUGGUCACCUACCCCUUCGACAGGACUGAAGACUGGGCACCUCACGAUGACACCCCUACACCGGACAAUAGUUUCUUCCGCUGGCUGGCCACGGUCUAUGCCAGCACCAACCAGGUCAUGUCAAAUCCAGACCGCCGGCCUUGUCACAAUGAAAACUUCCAACGCUACAACAACAUCAUCAACGGAGCCAACUGGCACACGGUCCAAGGAAGCAUGAAUGAUUUCAGCUAUCUACACACCAACUGCUUCGAUGUGACAGUGGAGUUGUCCUGUGAUAAGUUCCCCCAUGCCAGUGAGCUGCCCAUCGAGUGGGAGAACAACAAAGAGUCUUUACUGAUCUACAUGGAGCAGGUCCACAGAGGACUCAAGGGUGUGAUCAGAGACAAAGACACAGAGGCUGGCAUUGCAGAUGCCAUAAUCAAAGUGGAUGACAUCGACCACCAUAUUAGAUCAGUUGCUGACGGGGACUACUGGCGCCUGCUAAACCCGGGCGAGUACGAGGUCACGGUGAGCGCCGAGGGCUACAACCCAUCCACACGUAUGUGCCGUGUAAUGUACGAGCAUUACCCCACCAUAUGUGACUUCCGCCUCACCAAGACCCCCAAACAGAGGCUGAAGGAGAUCCUGGCCAAGGGGGGCAAGCUCCCCAAAGACCUGCAGCUGAGGCUACGACAGCUGCGUCUGAGAAAACUGAGGGCCAGCACCAAGGCCAUCAACAGUAGGCGUGCGGCUGCUAGCAGGAAGGCACGGGGGUCGUGAUGUUGACCCGGCCUUUGGUGAACCAAUCACAACACACUUUGUCUGCAGGGUUGUUGUAUUUAAUUGGCUUGUGAGGGAAGUUCCUGGUUUAAGUAAGUUUGGAAGUCUUUACACCAUGUGGGCAGUUCUGUAAGGCUAGCCUACUGAGAUACAAAAAAAAUGUAAAUGUAAAAUGGAUUGUACUUCCGGUAUGGUUUAGUGAUUUAUUUCUGAAGAAAGGGACAGAUUGUAUUUAGAUAUUUGAAUCAAAUUAGAGCAAAUAAAUGCAAGGUGAUUUUGGAUUAAAAUACCCUUUCAAACCUGUAUAACAGGAAAAAACAUUAUUUUCUUUUGAAGAACUCCGGUUAGUUAUUACAACAACAAACCAAGUGGCAUGAUGCUGUUCAAAUCCACCGUUGGGUAGAUAUACCACUAUUCAAGUAAAAUUCAUGCCACAAAUUACAGACCAAACUCAAACUGAGACUAAAAUGACUCGUGCAUCAUGCCAUAGAGACGAGAGCUCUGCUGUUACAGUCUGGAACUGAUAAGAGUUCUACAUGAGAUAUUUUAAAUCUAUUCAAAUGAAAUUAUAUGAUUUCUAAUGUUUGUCUUUCUUUGGUUCAUUUUUGUACUACCAAAAUUAAAUGCUGGCAUUUGGAUGUCCUUGCAAGCCAAGAGACAAUGUUAUGAAUGGAUCCCAAAUAAAGCUUUACUUAUAAACACCAAUAGUUCAAAAAAUAUUGGAAAAAAAUGAACUUUUCUAAAUUCUUUGUGUAAUACUUCAAAAGCAAACCUUUACCUGUCCAGGCUAUGUUUCGUGUUGGUCACAAUUCAUUUUUAAGUAAAAGUAAAAACAUGAGCCAAGUUUAUCUCAAUACCCUUCUACAGUACACAGUGUCCAGACCCUUGCAUGAGAAAAAGACCCAGUGGGCACACACUGGUUGAAUCAACGUUGUUUCCACGUCAUUCACAGGAAAUGACAUUGAACCAACGUGGAAUAGACAUUGAAUUGACAUCUGUGCCAAGCGUGUUCAAUCGUAUGGCCAAGGAUUGCACCCACGGUCCCACUUACUAGAUUUCAAUACAUUUUGGAAAUAAAACACAUUUUAUAAGGAGGACGGGAUCCACCCAAAUCAUGUGGGAUCCUGGAUCCUUUCACAGCACUAUAAUUACAAUUACAAUUAAGUCAUUUAGCAGACGCUCUUAUCCAGAGCGACUUACAAGUACAUACAUUCAUACUUUUUUUUUGUACUGGCCCCCCGUGGGAAUUGAACCCACAACCCUGGCGUUGCAAGCGCCAUGCUCAACCAACUGAGCUACACGGGACCAGCUACACGGGACUUCCUCCUGGGGCACACUGGCUUAGUGCUAACAGUAUAAAUCUGGUUCAUAGGCACAGGAUUACUGCAUACAGUGCAAGUAAUGAGGUUACUUGCAUUGUGUCUACUAUAAGGCUGUGUUGAGACAAUUACUUAUCAAGGACCUAAGCCCAGCUCAUUUAAUCCCUACCAUUGUGACGCAGAGUUGUCAUAAUGCUUCAGCAAAUGCACAUUACACCAGGGGCGUCAGUAGACACAAUGCAAGUAACCUCAUUUAUGUCCCUUUAACUGCCCUGAAUGCCUCUACUGAUCCUACAGCUAUUGUAUGCAGUAAUCCUGUGCCUAUGAACCAGAUUUAUACUGUUAGCACUAAGCCAGUGUGCCCCAGGAGGAAGUCCACUGUGUGAAGCUCACCCUGAUUAGCAAGAAUAGCAAACUUAGGCAUGACAUGUCAGCAACAAAUGCUGACACUACACAUCCAAGUAUAUCUGACCAAAUUAUGAAAGACAAGCAUUGUAAUUUUGAAUUCCGUAAAGUUAGUGUGGAAGAGGUGAAAAUAUGAUUGUUGUCAAUCAACGAUGACAAGCCACCGGGGUCUGACAACUUGGGUGGAAAAUUACUGAGGAUAAUAGCGAACGAUAUUGCCACUCCUAUUUGCCAUAUUUUCUAUUUAAGCCUACUAGAAUGUGUGUGCCCCCAGUGUUGGUGGGAAGCAAAAGUCAUUCCGCUACCUAAGAAUAGUAAAGCCCCCUUUACUGGAUCAAGUAGCCAACCAAUCAGCCUGUUACCAACCCUUAGUAAACUUCUGGCAAAAAUUGUGUUUGACCAGAUACAAUGCUAUUUUACAGUAAACCAAUUGACAACAAACUUUCAGCAUGCUUAUAGAGAAGGACAUUCAACAAGCACGACACUUACACAAAUGUAAGCCUCUCCAACAUAAUCCAGGAAGAAUCAGGAAUUCCCCAAGGCAGCUGUCUAGGCCCCUUACUUUUUUCAAUCUUUACUAAUGAAUUGCCACUGGCUUUGAGUAAAGCCAGAGUGUCUAUGUAUGUGGAUGACUCAACACAAUACGUCAGCUACUACAGCGACUGAAAUGACUGCAACACUUAACAAAGAGUUGCAGUUAGUUUCAGAGUGGGUGGCUAGGAAUAAGUUACUCCUAAAUAUUUCAAAAACUAAAAGCAUUGUAUUUGGGAAAAAUCAUUCACUAAACCCUAAACCUCAACUAAAUCAAUAAUGUGGAACUUGAGCAAGUUGAGGUGACUAAACUGCUUGAAGUUACCCUGGAUUGUAAAUGGUCAUUGUCAAAACAACAGUAGCUAAGAUGGGGAGAAGUAUGUCCAUAAUAAAGCACUGCUCUACCUUCUUAAUAGCACUAUCAACAAGGCAGGCCCUAAAGGCCCUAGUUUUGUCGCACCUGAACUACUGUUCAGUCAUGUGAUCAGGUGCCACAAAAAAGGACUUAGGAAAAUUGCAAUUGGUUCAGAACAUGGCAGCAUGGCUGGCCCUUGGAUGUACACAGAGAGCUAAUAUUAAUAAUAUGCAUGUCAAUCUGUCCUGGCACCAAGUGGAUGAGAGAUUGACUUCAUCACUAAUUGUAUUUAUGAGAGGUAUUGACAUGUUGAAUGCACCAAGCUGUCUGUUUGAACUACUGGCACACAGCUCGGACACCCAUGCAUACCCCACAAGACAUGCCACAAGAGGUCUCUUCACAGUCCACAAGUCUAGAACAGAUUAUGGAAGGUGCACAGUACUACAUAGAGCCAUGACUGAAUGUAUUGUAAUAUUUUAAAAAUUGUAUAAACUGCCUUAAAUUUUGCUAGACCCCAGGAUGAGUAGCUAAUGGGGAUCCAUAAUAAAUACAAAAUAGCCUAAGUACCCUAAUACAUUAACGGGCAACGUUAUCUAGAUGUGUUAGCUCAACCAUGAACCAAUGAAAAUAACGUUUCUAGACCCAUUUAGAAUGGCUGACCUUUUCUUUGCAGAGAGAUAUCACGGAAAUGAUAAAGAAGUUAAAUACAUUUGGUUGUGACAUAACUAUUGGAAGCACACAUAUGAUUAAAUGGUGGAAGAUUCACUCAUAUCACUAAUACGCGGCAUGUAGACAGACUAGUGGUUAGAGCUUUGUGCCAGUAAUCGAAAGGUUGCUGGAUCGUUCUGCCUCUAAACAAGGCAGUUAACCCACUGUUCCCCGGUAGGCCGUCAUUGUAAAUAAGAAUUUGUUCUUAACUGACUUGCCUAGUUAAAUAAAGGUACAAAUAAAAUUUUAAA